CUGGAUAUGUGACCUCUUGCGCCGUAGAGGAAAUCCAAGAGAUCCUCGACAGAAGUGUAUUCGCGAGAAAAUCAACUGGGAACUGUUAGUUACUGCUUUGCACCAAAGAUGUCACUGACCGCAGGCGAUCUCACCGAUACAGGGCGUGGGACGAUUGAACAGCGUCCUCCGUUCAUUUCCGUCUCUGCCUCGCAUCAGGAACCUCCUCGCUCUCGGUCUCCUCGGGUUUCUUCCUUCCACGGGGGUGUGCAGCUGACGGGGGAAGAUGGGUGUGUCGAAGACGGAAGAAAGCGUGUCGAUGAUGGAGGAAGGUGGGUCGAAGAUGGAAGAAGGUGGGUCGAAGGCGGAGGAAAGCGGGGCACUGCCACCGAGGGAAACUUGGGCCAACAAGGCGGAAUUUCUCCUUUCUUGCAUCGGAUUCGCCGUCGGACUCGGCAACGUCUGGCGCUUUCCUUACUAUUGCUAUCGCAAUGGAGGCGGUGCGUUUCUGGUGCCAUACUUCACGUUCCUUCUGUGCUGCGGGAUCCCCCUCUUCAUCCUGGAGAUCGGACUGGGUCAGUUCAUGAACGAAGGAGGCAUCUCGGCCUGGAACAUCUGCCCGCCUUUCAAAGGUCUUCCCAUUCAUCCUUUAUGGUCUGGAUCUAAAGCUAUGUAA